AUGCUGCAAAUGCCGAAGUUAAAUGAAAUACCUCCGGGGAGGGGAGGCCGGGAGGAGUCGCGGGGGGAGGAGAGCUGGCCUGGACGAGCAGGUCCCGAGGCUGCGAGGCGCGCGCGGGGGGCGCGGGGGCAGGCGGGCGGCGAGGGAUCUCCAUGGGACAGCUGGGGAAACUCCAGGCCACCUGCACAUCCUGGCCCAGGCUGGGAAGGGUGUCGGCCCCUCCUCCUCUGUGCCCCCUCCUCCCAGAAGUCCACCAUGGAGAGCAAGGAUGAGGUCAGCGACACCGACAGCGGCAUCAUCCUGCAGUCUGGCCCCGACAGCCCGGUGGCCCCCGCGAAGGAGCUGACCCACGCGGUGCGCAAGCAGCAGAGGGCCCUGGAGGCGCGGCUGGAGGCCUGCCUGGAGGAGCUGAGGAGGAUCUGCCUGCGGGAAGCGGAGCUGACGGGCAUCCUGCCUGCAGAGUACCCCUUCAGACCGGGGGAGAAGGCCCCCAAGGUCCGCCGCAGGAUCGGAGCCGCUUACAAACUGGACGAGUGGGCCUUGCACAGAGAGGACCCACUGAGCAGCCUGGAGAGGGAGCUGGCCCUGCAGCUGCAGAUCGCCGAGGCCGCGCGGCGCCUGUGCCGGGAGGGGAACCUGGGCCGCCAGGCGCGCCGGCAGCGGAAGCACGCGGUGCAGCAGGAAGAGAAGAAGCUGCGGGACCUGCAGCGCUGCCUGGGGGAGUGGCAGCGAGGCAACGGGGCCCCUCCCACCCCGGCCCCAGGCCCAGAGCACGGCGCCUCAGAUGACAGCUCCCUGUUGGACGGGCUGCUCCGUGAGGAAGAGGCAUCUCAAGUGCCAAAACCUCCCCCAGAGUCCCCAGAUGCGCCUUCCCGGCCUCUCCCGCCCCAAACCCUCGAGGGGCUGCAGCCAGCAGGCCUUGACACGGGGGGCCUGGAGCGGGCCCCCAUCCAGAACAGCCCCUGGAAGGAGACGAGCCUGGACCACCCGUACGAGAAGCCCAGGAAGUCUUCCGAGCCCGGAAGCGAGUCCAGCAGCCCGGCCAGCACCCCGCAGGAUGGGCCCAGCGAGUCUAGUCCUGCCUCCUGCUACGUGGUCCCCGUCCGCAACGUUGCUGGGCAGCGGCAGGGCCGCAUCAGUGCCCCGGCCACCCCUGAGAUGCAGGGCAGGAGGGGCCAGUCACAGCCCCUGAGGACCGACCCCUUCCGCGCGGGCCCCGACGGCAGGGGUCGCAGCGCCCUCCCGCGCCGCCGCCCCACUUACUACACGGUGACUGCACCCGCUCCCGUGCCGUGCCCCGCCUGCCACUCGUGCUCCGAGGACAGCGGUUCCGACGCCUCCAGCCUGUCGCACCCGACGCCCCCCGGCAGCAGCAGCCCCGACAUCUCCUUCCUGCGGCCACCGUCCCCGCCCGCGCCGCCCCGCCCGCGCGUGCCCCGCGGCCCCCGACUCCGGCCUCCCCCCGCCUGCCUGAGGGCCGCGCGCUACCUGGUGCUGGCUGAGGGCCGCCCGCCGCCCGGCCAGUGGGUCGAGUGGGGCCCGGGCCGCGGCGAGGACGCGGCCGCCCCGCGCUGGCAGCGCCCACCGCCCGCCCACGGCCGCGUGGUCCGGACGCCCUCUUUGCGCGACAGCCCCGCGGGCCGCGGGCUCAGCAAGGCGGCCGUGUCCGAGGAGCUCAAGUCGUGGCACGAGCGGGCCCGGCUCCGGAGCUCACGCCCCCACUCGCUGGACCGCCAGGGGGCUUUCCGCGUGCGCAGCCUGCCGCCUGGCGCCGAAAGCUUCGCGCGCACACAGGUACGCGCACGGGUGCCCACCGUGUGUGUGCUCCGGAGAUCGCCUGAGGGGGCCCCCGUGCAAGUGUUUGUACCUGAGAAUGGAGAGAUCAUCAGCCAGGUGUGA